UUCCAUUUUCUUUGUUACACAUCUUCAUUUCUACUCUUAUUGGCUCCCCCGCUUGAUCUGAUUCAACUUUUGUACAAUAGCACGGCCCAAGAACAACAACGUUUGCCUAAAAGAAACCAUAAUCUUGUUUCCCCUUUUCGUUCGAAUGCGACCGUGCCAACUACAAAGUAAAUCUUUAUUGAAUUAUGGCGUAACACUACCACCACUAUUGUUCUAACAUAUCGCGACGCCGUCACCGAUUAUAACUUCAUAACCUUGGCAUCGUUCAUACAUGUAGUAGCGCUGUGCCAUGUCUACAGAAAUUCAAAUGUCCAGCAUGGACGAGAAGCCGGCCAAGGCUAGCGGGAAGCUCUCGUCGUCAGCUUUUGGCCAACUUCCCGACGAGAUUAUCGAGCAAAUACUCCAAUUGACCGAUCCUGACUCAUUCGCGUCUCUCGUGCUGCUUAAUUCUAAAUGGAGGCGUGUUUCUCAGCAAGCCCAUCUCUACGCCCACCAUCUAAUGCGAUGCCCAUCCUAUGGCUCCAGUCAUGCUGUCGCACCUGUUGCGGAGUCGGAUAACGAUACUUUACCCAAACUUCGACGAUUGUUCGCCCGCGAAGUUAAGAGGAACCUUUUUGAGGCUUACUUACGUCCCAAAACUACUACGAUAAAGCUGGUUUCCAAUUGCAUCGGAUCAUCUUCUGCCCCCGGUGGUGAGGGCAUGCAGUUCAGUUCCUCUCCUAAGGGCCAUCAUCUUCUCGCCUAUAAUUCCUCUCGAAUAGUCGUCUUGGACGUUAGAGAACCCGAGUUAGCCGUAAAACGGGAAUUUAAAAUACUUCGCCGCCCAGCCGCCGCGUGCAUUUUGGAUAAUGGUAGUCUCUUAGCAGUAUUAUCGACUGACAUGCAGGUUGAUUUAUAUGAUCUGGGAAAAGUUCCACCUCGUCGAACACGGUCGUUGAUAUUAGACCAUGCUCCUCGUGCCAUCGCCUUAUCUCCAUGCGGGAGCGUACUCGCAGCUGCGUACGAAGGCGGCAUCGAAGUAUCUUCCAUAAGCCCCGGGGCGCUUCCGACGGAUCGGAGAGCAGUGAAAUGCGACGGUGUUGAUUCUCUCGCUUUUUCCUUCGAUGGGACACAGCUAUUGGGUACGACAACAACAUCCUAUACCCCUAAUACGGUUAUUUUAACAGCGCCGUAUUACGAUCCCGGCAACCAAAUAUCCGAAGAGAAUAAUAAUAUUAGCGCAUUGUGGACUACGUCUAUUCUAUUUCCUAAUACGAGCCGAGAUUGCAGUCAUGCUGCCUUACUACAGGAGUCGGGCUCUAUGGAGGCAACCUGGGCUUUUGCUUACGACCGAAGUUUUGAGACAUUUCGCGCCGUACGGAUCGAUGAUCUUCGCAAUGGCACAACUUACUUCACAGGGCCGGCUCCGGGAUCGCCUUCGCCUGGGCCCUUAUUACCGUGUACGCUACCUGCUGCAAAUUAUCAAGGGGACCUCGUCUCGGCUGGAUUCGAAGGGAGAGAUGUUUGGUUAUACGGGAUUCCCGAAGACCUGGAAGCAGUUCCGGAAGGCAACCAUCCAGCAACAACAUCCGAUUCAAAUGGACCUCCACCGUUAAACCGCAUGAAUAGUGGAGUAUCAGCACGUUCAUCUAUUCGUAUACAGGAAGCGAACGGUGGCCGGGUUCCGCAGUGGCAAAUUUUAUGCGACAAGUAUCGCAACACGUUUGUGUGCGGACGCAAAAUUGCAGAAUUGAGUGGUGUGAGCCAUUCGAAAUGGGUCUCCGGGUUUGGUGAUACAUCUUCGAAGGAACGCUUGAUCAUUGCUGCUCGAGGGGUGAUGCCCCCUAAACUUGUGACUGAGGAAGACGGCAUCGAUUUUGUAGAUGGGGGGAGAAUCCGAAUACUCGAUUUUGAUUACAGUUUGGAAGAUGGCCAAGAAAAGGAAAUCACUAUUGAGGUUGGCGCAAACGAACCGGAAGUGUUGGAAGAGGAGUAUCGCGAUAUCGAUACGGAAGUGGCCAUUGUUAGGCGAAGAACAGUAGCACAACGGAGAGGAAACCGGGCCAGUGUGGUUAUAGCAACACCUUCACCUCGUCAAGUUGAUGCUCUACUGCGUCCAUCAACCGCUCACAAUGACGAUCUGGAAGAUCCGCUAAUACCACGGGCUAUGCCUACGGCACGUACUAAUGCUCACGCAGCGGAUCUUGACGAAACGGAAGAUGUCUCGCUGGAAGAGGCUCAGGAAGCUCUUGAUGCCCCGUAUGCCCACGCCAAUCCACGAUCUGGGACAACGCUACGCCGCGCCGCCACCGCCGCUGCUGUGAGUCGCCGGCGUAACCCACAGCCUGUAGCUGGUCGGGUUGAGUAUCGGCGUGCCGAUGGAAGAGGAGAGCAUCCUCAUGAAAGUGAUGCCGAUAACUGGGUCCCUCCCCCACCGCCGUACUCUAAAGAAGACCCUGGCGAUAUGCCUGACUUCAUGCGCCACUCCUCCGUACGCCAGUCCACCAUGCCCGAUGUUGGGGUCCUACCGGGGAGGAGGGACUCUAUCCCCCCUGUUCCUCCUCUUCCAUCUUCUGUUUCGUCAGUUCCGCUGGCCCCAUUGGUUCCGCCUAAACCACUCCCGCGAACGUCCGGGACACCAAAUUUCAGCCGACCCGAGUUACCUCGUCUCCAGACUACUCCUUUCCGGGAGAGGUUGGCGCACAUGUCCUGGCAUCCUCACGCUUCGCAGCAAAGGGUUGGGAAUGCCUCCAUAAAUGAAAGCCGGUCUGCUGGGCCUUCUGGAGCACAAUCCCAUCGACCGGUAUCAGAGUAUUCCUACACGCAAGGGAGUAGAUCUGUUGUGGACGAUGAAUACGGCGAUAUCUAUGACGUGUCUCCAGUUGGGUCACCUUCUAGGGCCCCGAGCUCCCACGUAUCUGAGGGCCCAGCUGCUGAACGUACACCUACCUCGCCGGGGGCGCAUCAAAUUGUGGAAGUUUCUCGUCCGGGCUCGGCAAUUCCUCAUUCCUUUGAUCCUACAACACCAUCAUCUAUAACAAACGUCCCGAGAUGGGAAACCGAGCAGGGUAGGGGGAGCCCAAUAGUCGGUAAGCUUCCGAAUGCUGGUACUUGGCCGAGAGUCCCGGCACGACCCAAUACGGCGUCGUCGGCUUCUACCUACGGAUAUCCCCUCUCGGCUCCACCAACAAACCAGAUCAACGAGGACAUCAUUGCUACAGCUCUACCUCCAACGCCGCAGUCAGAGCGGACAACACGUUUGCAUGAUAGGCAGAAUAGUUUUGAUGCGUCACAUCCUAUCUCAAGGGGGUUUCACUUACCACGCGUACCUGUGGGUAGUCGAGGUCAGGAACUUCGACGAGGCAGUGUGGUUCCCACGGUAGAACCAAUACCGGAGCCGGCUCAGCCGCUCAUAAUCAGCACUCCCACAGGGGUGAGCGGUGCUUAUGAUGCUCCUGGUCAGCUGGAUACAGAUAGACCACAGACAGGGCCAGUCUUGCAUGCACCAGUUCCUCGCCAUCCCCGGCCAGUAUCAGGGGCACACGUGCUGCGCCCCACCGUCGAGCGUCUCGAAACAAUAUCUAGGGUUGCUAACGGAGAACCGCCUCUACCUCCACCACCACCUCCUUCGCAAUUUAACUUGACAUCACUACGCCACCAUACCAGCUUAAAGCGUCGACAGAGUCGGGCAAGGAGGGGAGCCAUUAAAAAUAUUCAAGACGCCAAGCUACGGGGAUGGACGGGGAGAAAGAAAAAUAAGAAAGACGACGAAGCUGACGGUUGGAUGGACGUGACUUGGGCGUCAGCCAUCCCGAGAGGUCAGAAUAAAGAUAAGAAAUGCAUCGUGAUGUAGGAGAGGAACGAACCGGAUACGCGACAAAAAGAAAAAGGGUUGGCGUCCGAGCAUAACAACAUACACGAACGACGUUUGAAUUUAGCUUUGAGUCAAC